GAAGAUGCGGCUGCUACUCCUCCUUGCGGUGGCCACAAGCAGAUGUCUGCAUGACGAGACCCAGAAGUCUGUGCGCCUUCUCAGGCCCCAUUUCUCCCAAAUGCCCACACGCUUCCGCUCCUCAGUCCUUCCUGGCUCCCAUGAUCCUCAACCCCUUAGAGUCCAGACCUACUAUACAAAAGACCCCGUAUCCAACGAAGCUUGGGAUCCUGAUGGAGACGAAAGGAGAGGGGAAUCUCGAGCCCGGGCUGCACUGAGAGAGACCAUCCACAGAAUUCAGGGUAUCCUAGCAGUCACCCCAGUACAAGGACCUCUGCUUCUGAGUCGAGACCCUACACAAUACUGCCGUGCCGUCUGGGGAGACCCAGAGACCCCAAACUACCACAGGUGUAGCCUCUUGAGCCCUGGAUACAAAGGAGAGAGUUGCCUUGGGGUAAAGAUGCCUGAUGCCCACCUGCGUGGUUAUUCCUUGUGGCCAGAGCAUGGUCUGCCCCAACUAAUCCAACCAGAUGGCUCUGGAGUCCCAAACACUGAUUUUCUCCUGUAUGUGCGGGUUGCCCACACUUCCAAGUGUCACCAAGAGCCCGCUGCCAUAGCUUAUGCUGCCUGCUGCCAGCUGGAUUCAGAAGAGAGACCCCUCGCUGGUACCAUUGUCUACUGUGCCCAACAUCUCACCAGCCCCGGCCUCAGCCAUAGUGAUAUCGUCAUGGCCACACUGCAUGAACUGCUCCAUGCCCUGGGUUUUUCCGGACAGCUCUUCAAGAGAUGGCGGGACUGCCCCUCAGGACUCAGUGCUAGAGAGAAUUGUUCUACGAGGAAACAAGUGACAGGACGAGAUGAGUGGGGACAGCUGCUUCUCACCACUCCGACUGUUAGCCACGGCCUAGCCAGACACCUGGGUGUGCCAGGGCCUUUGCGGGGUGUUCCUUUGGAAGAGGAGGGCUCUCUGUCUUCACACUGGGAGUCCAGAUUAUUCCAGGGCUCUAUAAUGACUGCUACCUUUGAUGGUGCCCGGUACACUCGACUUGACCCGAUAACUCUCGCUGCCUUUGAAGAUUCAGGCUGGUAUCAAGUCAACUACAGUGCUGCGGAGGAGCUAUUGUGGGGUCAGGGCUCUGGGCUAGAAUUUGGCCUGGUGAGCACAUGCAGGAAUGGAUCCUCAGACUUCUUCUGCACCCACAGUGGGCUGGGCUGCCACUACCUGCACCUGGACAAGGCGAGCUGCUCCUCGGACCCAACGCUAGAAGGCUGCCGCAUGUACAAACCCCUGGCCAGUGGGAGUGAAUGCUGGAAGGAGGAAAAUGGACUCCUCCCCAGAGCAGAGAACCCCCAUGGGGAGAUCUACCAUCCGCAGAGCCGUUGCUUCCUUGCCAACCUUACCUCCCAAGUGCUCUCCACAGACAAGGCUGGCCCAUCCUCCAUCACUCCCACAGGCCUUUGCUACUUACAUCAAUGCACACACAGGGGAGCAUAUGAGGUGCAAGCUGAGGGGUCACCGUGGGUCCCCUGCUUUCCGGGAAAGGCUGUUCAGAUACCUGGAUACUACGGUCUUCUCUACUGUCCCCAAGGCCGGCUGUGUCUGAGUAACAAAGGCACCAAUGCCGCCACUUCUCCACCGACGAGGUUCCCAACCCAAGACCAGCUGUUCCAGCUGUCUUUAGGAUUAACUGGGACCCCAGGCCACUCUCUGGGGAAAGAGCAGAGAGAAGAGCUGGCUGAUCUAGUUCUGCAGGCUGUGGUGACAAGAGCUGGCACUAGCAGGUGCUAUUUCCACAGCCCAUCUAUCACCGCAAGUUUGGUGUUCACUGUGAGCAUGCGGAAGUCUCCAGGCUGCCAAGGGCCUUCCAUUGCUACACUGUACAGGACCCUGACUCUGACUUUUCAGGAGCAACCCCUCCAAGUACACCAUGGAGAAGCCAUUUUUACCACAGAAGACAGCAAGCCACAGACUUCCUUGGACCAUAACCUCUCUCUGACGGACCAACUUCUAUCCACGGGAUUCUGCCUACUGUUGCUAAUUCUGGUGGGUGCAUUGGGAACUUUGGCUUAUCAGAAACGAGCUACACUCCAAGUGGGACCAUCUACCACUUAACUAUCAUGAGAUACAUGUAUGGCACAGGAGAUCAGUUUAAAAUAAGACAAGUGUGAUGUCAGCCAGCAAGAUGGGUAAGGUCAUUUACCUGAGUUUGAUU